AUGGCCGAGGGGGCAGUCAAGAGGAGUGCCUCCCCCACUCAAGCCAUCUCUCCACCACCACUGCGCCGAAAGGCUGACCCGACAGUAAUCAAGAAAUCUGCGGCAAACUUCUUCACUCCGACCUCACAGAAGAAACCCCAACCGAUCACAUGGCGCGUCAUCGGCACAAGUGUGGUCAUCGGAAAGCAGAUAAUUGGCAAGGCAGGCCCUGUUACCGACAAACAGCGCCGAAUUGCUGGCUUUGACUUGGAUUCGACAUUAAUCAAAACGAAAUCGGGCAAUGUCUUCCCCAAAUCUGCCACCGAUUGGCAAUGGUGGAACGCUAAGGUUCCAGCCCGUCUAAAGGAACUCAAUGCCGAAGGCUUCCAAGUCGUCAUUUUCUCAAACCAAAAGAAGAUCAGUGUCCAGAAGGAUAUUAAAGGUGGACGAAGUGACUCAAAGAGUCUUUCCAACUUCAAAGAAAAGUUGACCGCCGUCAUGACGGAACUGGAUUUCCCAGUGAGCGUCUACGCGGCAACAACCGACCCUGAAUAUAGGAAACCCCGUCUCGGGAUGUGGCGCGAAUUCCUUGACGAUUAUGAUCUUGACGUUGCGGGCGUUGACUUGCCAGCAUCGGUUUUCGUUGGGGAUGCUGCUGGAAGGCCAGGGGAUCAUUCGGCAGUGGAUAGGGGACUUGCUACCAACAUCGGUAUGCCGUUCAAAACUCCAGAGGAAUUCUUCCUUGGACAGACUACGGAACCGGCGCCGAAGAUAUUUGAUCCAAUGUCCUUUGUGAAAGCGGAUCUCGAAGAGCCGACCAAACCAUUUACUCGCAAGCACCCGCUUGAACUUGUGGUUUUCUGUGGCAGCCCAGGUGCCGGAAAGUCCACUUUCUACUGGAACCACCUAGAACCUCUAGGUUAUGAACGAGUGAAUCAAGAUCUUUUGAAAACGGUACUUGUCCCACUCGACAGUGAAGGGAGUGAAUCAAAUACUGAUGAACUGUUACAGCGCCCGAAAUGUCUCAAGGUUGCUCGUGAGCACCUAGAGGCCAAAAAGUCCGUGGCUGUCGACAACACCAACGCUGACCCAGAAACGCGAGCCCACUGGACGGCUCUUGCGAAAGAGUUCAAGAUUCCUGUCCGCUGCGUACAAUUCAUCUCGACGCCUGACCUAUGCCGACACAACAACGCGGUCCGCGCAUCUAACAAAGAAUUGAACCCCGAAUCCCGAACCUCUUUACCCGGCAUCGCCUUCGGCGACUUCGGCCGUCGUUUCCGCGCACCAACCCUGGACGAGGGCUUUGACGACAUCAUCCCAGUUGAGUUCAAGUUCCGCGGUAGCGAAGAAGAAAAGCGGCUUUGGAGCCAGUACUGGAUUUAA